CUCUUCUCCAAGGUGCUGGUGGCGAACAGGGGGGAGAUAGCAUGCCGAGUGAUGAAGACGGCGCGGGCACUGGGCAUUCGCAGUGUGGCCAUCUAUUCUGAGCCGGACGUGGAGAGCCUGCACGUCCGCAUGGCGGAUGAAGCCGUCUGUGUGGGCCCAGCACCAACAGCGCAGAGCUAUCUGAACAUGGAUGCUGUGCUGGACGCGAUUAGAAGCACAGGGGCUGACGCGGUGCACCCCGGAUACGGGUUCCUGUCAGAGAAUGCCCUGUUUGUGGAGCGGCUGGAUGAGGAGGGCGUGACGUUCGUGGGGCCCAACUUGAACGCCAUUGACGCCAUGGGGGACAAGAUUCACAGCAAGCGGUUGGCGAAAGAGGCCAAGGUGAACACCAUUCCAGGGAAGGAGGACGUUAUCAGGGACGAGGACCAUGCGGUUGAGAUCGCGCAAGAGGUGGGCUUCCCAGUCAUGCUCAAGGCGUCUGGCGGUGGAGGAGGCAAGGGCAUGCGUGUUGCAUGGAAUGAGAAGGAGGUGCGGGAGCAGUUCAGCGUGUGCAAGGCAGAGGUGGCUUCCAGCUUUGCUGAUGACCGCAUCUUCGUGGAAAGGUUCAUAGACAAGCCAAGGCACAUCGAAGUGCAGGUCAUGGGGGAUAAGCAUGGCAAUGUGGUGUGGCUACCAGAGAGAGAAUGCUCCAUCCAGAGGCGAAACCAAAAGGUGAUAGAGGAGUCGCCCAGCACGUUUCUGGACGAGGCAACGAGGGAGGCCAUGGGCGAGCAGGCUGUGUCGCUGGCCAAGGCUGUCAACUACGACUCCGCUGGCACUGUUGAGUUCCUAGUGGACGCCCAGAGGAAUUUCUUCUUUCUGGAGAUGAACACGCGCCUGCAGGUGGAGCAUCCGGUCACAGAGUGCGUCACGGGUCUCGACCUCGUGCACCUCAUGUUCCACUCCGCUGCCGGCCAUACGCUGCCCAUAGACCAGAAGAGGGCAAGGAAGAUCCACGGGUGGGCGUUGGAGUCUCGGGUUUACUGCGAGCAUCCCUUCAUGAACUUCCUCCCCUCCACAGGCAAGCUGCGCAGGUAUCGCGAGCCCAAGGAGGUGCGGACGCCGACUGAGAUCGUGCGGCUGGACACGGGGGCGGUGGAGGGGCAGUACAUCUCCAUGUACUAUGACCCACUGCUCUCUAAGCUAAUCACGUGGGGACCAACGAGAAAGGACGCCCUCGAGUCCAUGAAGCACGCCUUGGAUCGUUAUUAUGUGUGUGGGCCGUUCAACAACAUCUCCUUCCUCCGCUGCAUCUUCUCACAGCCGGCGUUUGAGUCUGGCGAUAUCAGCACCAAGUUCCUGGACAUCCACUAUCCGAAUGGUUUCACAGAUGACCGACUGACGCCCAGAGAGGAGGUGAGGGUGGGAGGAGACUAUAGGCUGAGGACGAGCAAGGUGUUUAAUAGGUACUCGAUAGAGGUCCGCACCAAGUUCCUGGACAUUCACUUCCUGAAUGGCAAUGACAGGCUGACGCCUAGAGAGGAGGUGAGAAAGGGUGGAAGAGGCCACAGAUCAUUUUCUCUUUCUGCCCAGAGAGAAGCCAUUGCUGCCUUUCUUGAAAUAGUCAAGUCCCGGAGAUCUCUGCUAGCUGUCAACGCUGCCGCCCCCGGCACGCCCGGCGCAAUAGGAAACGGACACCUGGCGCACGCCGGUUGGGUGGAGGAGGAGGGAGAGGGGGGAGGCGAGGAGGGGGAGGAGGAUGGGGGGGAGGGGCUGAGGGGGAAGGCGGAGCUGGUGGUGAGUUCGGAUGGGGUGGAGCAUGCUGUGGUGGUGCGGCACUGGAGCAAUGAGAAGAAGCCACACCUCUGUGUUGCGGCGGAGCUGGUGGUGAGUUCGGAUGGGGUGGAGCAUGCUGUGGUGGUGCGGCACUGGAGCAAUGAGAAGAAGCCACACCUCUGUGUUGCGGCGGAGCUGGUGGUGAGUUCCGAUGGGGAGGAGCAUGAUGUGGUGGUGCGGCAUUGGAGCAAUGAGAAGAAGCCGCACCUCUGUGUUGCGGAUAUCGAGGUGGGGGGGGAGGUGAUCCGGGUGGAGGAGGCGGUGCCAGCAGGGUUGGGGCGGGGGGUGGUGGAUAUCCGAGUGGAUGGGGAGGACACCGUGUGCAUGGUCAUGGAGAAACACGCAAGAGGGUUCAAGCUUGUGUAUGACGGCUGCACCAAGGACGAAGUGCUGGUGCAUCAAAAGAAGGUGGCUCCUCUACAGAAGUACAUGCCACCCAAGAAGGUUCAAGAUGUCUCCAAGAUGGUCAAGGCUCCUAUGCCUGGUGCAGUGGUCGCAAUCGGUGUCAAGCCAAACAAGAAGGUGCUUCCUGGUGAUGAGCUGAUAACGAUCGAAGCCAUGAAGAUGCGCAACGUGCUGCGUGCUGAGGAGGCAGCCACUGUAAAGGCUGUAUAUGUGAAGGUCGGGGCCUCUGUGUCGCUGGGCGAGACCAUGAUCGAGUUUGAGUAA